AUGCCUUCCGAAGCCGCUGAUGAAUGGCCCAAAACCUCUCGCCAAAAGGCAGCCAAGAAAGCUCAGAAUGCCAGGCGGGCCAAACAUGAAGCUAUGAAGAAGAGAACGGAACACGCACCACAGCAUAGAACUAAACCCGACCUUUCCAAGGGUUUAUUCAAGUCUCAGCCGGAGAAGGAUAAUGCAAAUGCUGGAUCUACCUCUCAGGUCCCCGCCGAUACCAUCCGAGCUUGGUCCGAAGACAUCAUGACAGAUCUUUGCCAAAUGGACAUGUACUCAGAGGCCUGCAAAGCUAGUUCAUUCGAUGAGGUCUCCAAUCGCUCCGCUGAUUAUUAUCGGCUGACCAUGAUGCUAGCAACUGCCUUGGAGGAAGAAGCGAUAAAGCUGGAGAGAAGGUUUUGUCGCGAAGUUGAGCUUCGUAGUGAUAGUAUUGGAGACCACUAUGAUGAGGAUUGGGACUUGUGGACUUUAUCUGCCGAGGAAGAGCCUAGAGUAAUUGGUCAAUUGAUUAGGGUUUGGGGCUCAUUGCCCACAGCGGUGGCUGAUGUUUAUCCUGAUAAGUACCUGCCAGUCUGGGAACUGUUGGUAAAGAAGGAACAAGACUGGAAUGUUGUUGUGAACUGGAUAAACAGUGCUGUUCUGGCGAGGUGUGAAAGACAGGCAUCGAAAGGAAAAUGUGUUCCCCGAGUUCUGGGAUGUGAUCUUCUAAAGGCAUUGAAUAUGCAAUCGCCAGUAGAGCCUGUCUCGAAUAAAGACCUAUCAAUGAUCAAUGGCAAGUUCAACCGGCUGGGACUCAUUACGCUUGCAGCCAGUAGUUAUAAAAAGGGAAAAAAGCGCAGCAAAUAUGACGAUGAAUUAUCCGAUUAA